AUGUCCUCCGAAUCGUUCGCCGCGCUGCGAAAGACCAGUGGUGAUGAAUUGGCGGGUCUGGCAGAGGAACAUUUCAAGCAUGAUCUCCGCGAAGAAGACCGUGACGUUGUCAAAAAGGCCGCCCGCAAAGUCUCAACACACACCUUUGUCGGAUCAAUGCUGGGCGUAGGCCUAGGAGGAUUCCUGGCGUACCGGCUCCGUGCGAAUCGAAAAGCCUUCUACCAAGCGUUCCGGGCCACCGAGAAACCUACACAUGUGAAGUUUGCAGAUGGGAGGGAAGAGGCCAUACCAGAUGUCACGCCACUGCUCCAGCCAACGCCGCUUGGUGAUGUGUUUACCUACACAUUCUUUACUAUUGCGGGACUCUUUCUGGGUGGUGAGACUGGUCUGCUGACGGGUACGUGGUCAGCGAGGAGAACGUUGGAGAGGAAUGCAGACACCAAGGCUCGCGUCGAGAAAGCCUGGAGAUCCUUCAGGGCAGACGUGUUGAGGAAGCAAAUUGAAGAGCUGGAGGGCGGGAAGAAGGAGAACACGCUACUUUGGUAG